AUGUUUGAUUUCUAUCCUCGCCAAGCUCAACUUGUAUUUGUUCCACGUGUUCCAGUUGUUAAAAUCGAGGCACCAGUAAUACCUCCAUGCCCAACACUCAAGUUGAAUGUUCCCUCAUUCACUUAUAAUAUCCCUAAGAUCCAAAUAAUCCCGUUUGAUACAAAAAUAUGCAACGGGGGAAAGUUCUCAACAACAGCUGAAGCAAUGGACUUCAUUGCUCAGCAUUGUUUGAAGUAUCACGGACAGAUCACCAAGCAGCUUCUAAAAGCCUAUCUUCCUUUGCUCCAUGUCUAUGAUCAAUGUGAAGGUGUUUAUUCACCUGCAACUCGCUUAUCCAGACGCGAUUUUGAGGCACAAUAUCGAAGAAUCACUCAUUCUUCAAACUAA